AUGGCAUCAACCACUGUCAACAAGCUCCCCAACUGGCUCGAUGCAGAGGGCAAUUUUGAUGCAGACGCCCUGCAAGCCAAAUAUCGCGAGGAACGAGACAAAAGACUUCGGACGGAGGGACUGAACCAAUACCAGUCCGUGGAUGAGAGCGCUCUCAAGCACUAUGCCGAGGACAUUUGGACGCCCCGAGUGGAACGGAGUCCAAUCGAGGAGAACAUUGACUACUUAAUUGUGGGAGCCGGGUUCAGCGGAAUGCUUUUAGCGGUCCGUCUAAUUGAAGCGGGUAUCAGCGACAUCAAAAUAGUCGACAAGGCCGGCGAUUUUGGUGGGACGUGGUAUUGGAAUCAAUAUCCAGGGGCGGCUUGUGACAUUGAAGCCUAUAUCUAUAUGCCACUGCUGGAUGAAACCGGCUACGUCCCGACCGAAAAGUAUGCAAGAGGUCCCGAGCUGUACGAACACAGCCGGAGGAUUGCGCAGAUAUACGGCCUAUACAACAAGGCACUCCUUCAGACCGAAGUAGAGACUCUGAUUUGGAAUGAGGUUAUGAAAUGCUGGGAAGUCUCGACAAACCGGGGCGAUAAAAUCCAUGCCCGUUUUGUAACCACGGCCGGCGGUUUACUACAUAAGAUGAAGUUCCCGGGUGUGUCUGGUAUCGACAGCUUCAAAGGCCACAGCUUUCAUACGAGUCGAUGGGACUACAGCUACACGGGAGGCAAUCAGCAAGGAAAUCUGACCGGCCUGAGCGACAAACGAGUGGCUAUUAUCGGAACCGGGGCGACCGCCCUGCAAGCCGUUCCACAGCUCGGCCGCUGGGCGAAGCAUCUCUACGUGUUUCAACGUACGCCUUCUUCUGUCGACGUCCGACUUGAUCAGCCAACAGAUCCGGAAUGGGCCAAAACCUUGACCAAGGGCUGGCAACAGAGACGGAUGAAUAAUUUCAAUAUUCUGGUCUCGGGCGGUCACCAGGACGAGGAUCUCGUGAGCGAUGGGUGGACUGACAUCCUCACCAAUAUCUCCAUCUCGGGAAAAAUGGUCGAGGAGAAUAGAAAAGCUGCUAAUCCAGUUAAAGCCGCCGAAGAAUUGCAAAAGAGAAUGCAACUCGCGGACUUUAAAAAAAUGGAGCAGGUGCGACAGCGGGUUGAUUCUAUCGUUGAGGACCCUGAGACGGCAAAUUCUCUCAAACCAUGGUACAACUUUAUGUGUAAGCGCCCGGGUUUCCAUAACGACUAUCUCCCGACAUUCAACAGACCCAAUGUCACUCUUGUCGACACACAGGGCAAAGGCAUCGAGAAAAUCACCGAGAAAGGUGUGGUGGCUGACGGAAAAGAAUACGAAGUCGAUUGCAUUGUCUACGCCACAGGAUUUGAAUACAUUGGAAACGACUAUAGCCAGCGUAUGCGCAUCCAGAUGAAAGGCCGCAAUGGGGUAGCCCUUCACGAGCAUUGGAAAGAUGGACCCCGGACCUUUCAUGGCCUUUACACGCGUGGAUUUCCGAACCAUUUCAUCAUGAGCGUGACUCAGUCUGCGGUGGCGCCCAAUUUCUCGCACAUGCUCAACGAGCAAGCAAAACACAUUGCUUAUGUGGUUGCGGAGGCCAGCAAGCGAGAGGCCACCAUGGUGGAAACAUCAGCAGAAGCCGAACAGGAGUGGAUUGAUACCAUUAUUGAGCUGGGCAAACUGCGCGAAGACUUUUUGAGAGAGUGUACCCCGAGUUAUUACAAUGACGAAGGUAAGAUAUCGCGCAAGACCCUCCAAAAUGGUCGUUAUGGCUUGGGGUCUCCGGCUUUUGUUGAACUGCUGGAAGACUGGAGAGCCGCGGGGACCCUCCAAGGUCUGGAAUUUGAUGGUGAGCCGGUGGCAAAUGUGCCGGCGGUCGCGAAUCACGUCGUGACUGCCAGCGAGAAGGUUCCUCUAAGUGAACACAUUCAGGGAGUUGAGAAUUUGAUUCCAGUGGCGUAG